AGAGGCUGAACUCAAUCCAACGUUAAAAGAGAACAGACCCCCCCUCCCCUUCGUCCUUGUAGCAUACAUCCCAUCAACAUGUACAAAACAAAGCACCUCGUCGUCCCGCCUCGCCCUAUCAUCCAAGAGCCCUGCUCUUGUCUCUGGCGUCUCGUAGAACAACAGAAAACCCGCGAACACGAAGAACGCCGCCAAGUCGAACACGCCGCAAAACAUACCUCAAAUGCCGUCAAGCUCGUCAAGACCGCACUUGGUUUUACUGGUGCAUUCAACGAGGAUGAUGAGACGGAGGUGGAGAUGAAGCCGCAUGAUAUCGGGGCUUCGCUUGGGCAGAGGGGAGAGGGAGAUGGACAUGAUGAGUAUUCGAAGGCGACGGGGAGGGCUGAUACGGGGAGUGCAAAGAAUCAUAAUGAGGGACGUGGGCCUGAGCCGUACGGUGUUGCUCCUGGAACGAGUGCUGGUCGCGGUGGACGUAGACACAAUUACACGCCAUCCACUUCCACCGUCCCCGGCGAAUUCCCCUCUGAGAAGGUCUACGAGCACCCAGCUCCCGCCGCACUUCGUCUUGCCGAGCCCGUCGGCGCACCUACCCAGACCGCUUUGACUACUGGACCCGACGGCCGCCCCAUCGUCCAGACCUUCAGGACCGCGCAUGAGUCGCCGGUUUCUACAGGUUCUACCGCUUACGAAGAGGAACUCGCCCUCCGUGCCCAAGCCGAGCAGACCCGUAUCGCGACCGCUCAGGCCGAGGCUCUGGAGAGAAGCAAGCAAAGGGAGGAGCAGCGCAAGUGGAGACAGGAGCGUGACGAGCGCGCAGCUCUCAAGUCUGGUGCCAUGAGCAAGUCCUCCGGUGGAGCCUUGGCAUCUCGUCCCCUUCCCGACGUCUUCGCCCGCAACAUCAAAAAGCGCCUUGCGAAGUCUUCUGAGAACAAGAUUGCAUCUUUGAUUUCUUACCGUGAGGAGUUGGUCAACAUCCUCCACCUCCUCAUCCCCCCUCGCCGCCCCCACGACUCCUCCUCAACCCACCCCCCGAUUGUCAGCCCCGUUCCCCACACAGCCCUCUGCCAUACGUGCAUGGACCAACUCAUGCACCACCUCUUCCACUCCCCCGCAACCCGCUCCCCUUACAUCCUCGACCACUCAACCUCCGCCUACCUCUCCCUCAUCGACGAUUGCCACUCCUCCCUCUCAACCCACACCGGAAUGGAAUCCCUAACCCACUACGAACUCGACAUCAUCCUCCGUGCAGAACUCUCCGUGACUGAAUGGCGUAUCGCCGUCAAACUGGCCAGAUACCACAAGAGAACGAGUUUCUUGGAUAUCUUCCCGGUGAGGUUGGGGGAGUAUGCGCAGUUGGAAGUUAAUCGGUCUGGAUUGGGGAAGGGACCGGGAAUUGUGGAGAGGUUGAAGGAGAAGGCGAUUGGGGCUGUUGGGAUGGGAAGUUUGUUUGGGGCGAGGAAGGGGUCGAGUGCGGUACAGGGACCUGGAGGGAGGGAGGGGAUGACGAAUGCGUUUGAUCAGAGUGAUAUGUACUAAGCCUGUGCGUUAGCGAGCGGCUGAGUACUUUUGAAAGGCGUAUAAGGUGCGGUUUUUGGAGAGUGUACGGUUAUUAUGAUACAGACGCUGGAACGUCUACAUGAAUUGGGCGCUAGGCCAUGGCGUUGGUGAUGGGAAGGAGUACUAGUAUUCGCACUAUCCUAAAGGUUUAAGUUAUUAUCGCUAAUGAAUCGAGUUAAUGCAGACAUGAGUGCUUGGUGACCCGACCGCAGCUGGCAUGACACUAUGGAUGAAAGCUGCGGGGCAAUGCUUGUGUUGAACCACGAAUCUCUGUUGUGCGCCGAGACACAAGAUG